AUGUUGACGCUUGGAUUCCCUGGGCUUUAUGAAGGCACAGUGGUCGACUUCACCACACCCUCAUCCCAAAAGUGGGUUCUCGAGAAGAAGCUCACUGAGGAUGCCCAACAAAUGUCAAAGUGGGAACUUGAUGGUGGUGGUGGGCCUCCCUUUACCGUGUUCACAUAUCGGUGCCGCAGUGCGACAGACAGCGAGAAGAAGGCAUUCAUGAGAAUCUAUUUUCAGAUUCCCAUCGCCGGAAAUGGCUAUCGCCUUGAGGAUCGACAACAACAGGCCGCUCCGCCACGAAAGCAUCCUGAGCUCGACGUGGCAAAGGAUUUGAGACUACGAGAGUGUCCGGUGGUCCCAACUUUCCUUGCCUAUAAAGAAGGAAAACAAGACAAUGAUGCCCGGGUCCCAGGUGGAUACAUUACACAUGUUGUAUGGGAGAAAGUCCCCGGGGAAUCACUUAACCAGGACAAAUUCUGGGAUCCUCAAUCAGGUCUACUACGUGAGGCCAUCCGCGCAAAGUUCCGCGAUGUUUGGGAAGAGUUGAAACAUUAUGGAUGGCAGCCAGCGGUGCAUGGACUGAGGAACAUCAUCUACGACGAAGUUACAGGGACGAUGCAUAUCGCAGGGUUCCGAGUCCCAGCCCGCCUUGACCCUGAAGAAGAAUUCACCGACCUGACCUUUGUUCGCUGGUGCCUGGCUAUACCACCCAAGAACGCCGAUUGGAAAAGAGACAGUACUAAAUGGGCUUGGUGA